UUUUCAAUUUUCACGUCGACGUCAGAUCACAAAUUCCUUGCGGGCGACUGUUCUUGCUCCAUAAGGUAAGGAGAGCAGGGACUCCCCGGAAAACCAGAAGAUAAGAACAGAAGCAGACGACGAAGAAGAAGACGACGACGAAGAAGAAGAAGAAGAAGCUCGAAGAAGCUCUCCCCGAGAAAUGAAGGAGACGCAGAUCGAGGCCUGAAGAGAUAGAGAUAGAGACGGAGACGGCGACGGCGGCGGCGGCGGCGGCGGCGGAGGCAAUGGCGAAGGGCGGAGGCGGGAAGCGGCCCUGCGACUACUGCGGCGGGACCACGGCGCUGCUCUACUGCCGGGCCGACACGGCGAGGCUCUGCUUCGCCUGCGACCGGGAGGUCCACGCCACCAACCCGCUCUUCGCCAAGCACAACCGCUCCCUCCUCUGCGACGCCUGCGACUCCGCCUCCGCCUCCUUCUUCUGCGAGGCCGAGCGCCUCCUCCUCUGCCAGAACUGCGACUGGGACCGUCACGACGGCGGCAGGGGGAGGGGGGCGGCGGCGGUGCACAACCGGAGGCCGGUCGAGGUGUUCACCGGGAGCCCUUCGGUGGGCGAGAUUUUGGGGAUCUUGGGGGUGGAGGAUUUAGGGUUCAAGGGCCCGCCUUUGGGUGGUGAUGAGGGUGGGGAUGACGGCGGCGGCGGCGGCGGCGGCGGCUGCGGCGGCGGCGGGGAUGGUGGGUUCUCGGAUGUUUUGCUUUGGGACACUCCUGCUUUUGUUACUCUCGAUGAUUUGAUCGUUCCCAGGGAGGAUGCGUGUGCACUUCGGGCUGUGGAUGUCCCUCCUCUGCCUAAGAAUAGAAAUGCAACCUGUGGUCUGCACAUGAAAGAAAUGCUACGCCAGCUCCGCUUACUUGCUAAACCAGAAUAUAACUUCAACUUUGAAGAGGGGGAGAUUGAACCGUUGGAUGAUUUUCACUUGCCAGUUUUGACUCAAGCUCUUCAGCCAGCAAAUAUUCACACUGGAUGUGAAGAUAGAGAUCAAGGUGGAUUUCAAAAAAUUGAGGCAACUGACUUUCAGUGGUUUUCUAAUGACGGCAACACCAGAAACCAAGCUUAUGACGCUUCUUCAUUCUCUGGUGGCUAUAAAGAGGAAAGACCGACAGCUUUAGACAAAUAUCCAAACGGCAGUAUUCUGAGUUCUACCAAUGAAUGUCAUGAAGUACCAUCCGAAAAUUCAAUCAAUCCAAAUCCUUUGCCUCUGGUUCCAUUAACUAGCCAGGAGAGAGAGUCUGCAAUCUCACGCUACAAGGAGAAGAGAAAAACAAGGAGGUAUGAUAAGCACAUCAGAUAUGAAUCACGGAAAGUCAGGGCUGAGAGCAGGAUUAGAAUCAAGGGACGUUUUGCUAAGACGGACAGGACCUGAUAUUAUAAGCAACCGAGGUAUGGAUACUGAGUGAGUCACUGUUGAUCAAAUCGGGACAAGAUAUGGAAGAUACGCAUCUUCGGGAUCAAUGAGUGCAUCCCAUGGUAAAUGUUUAUGGUAGUAUAUACUUAUGUACAUGGAAAUAGCUGUUAGUUUUGGGUUUGAUUUUCGUUUGCUAGUAUCAGUGUCAAUCAUAGGGUAGUCAAGAGCAUUCUUGCUCUCCCCGUACUGAAAUUCAGAGUCAAAUGAUGCAUAGCCUCUGUAUAGUCAGUAAACAAAGUGUCUGUACAUACGUGGAUUCUCUUUUAUAUGCCCGUCCAGUAGCCCAUGCUUGCUAUUGCAGGUCCACGUAUCCAAUUCUGUUGACCUUCCUCUU